AUGUUCCUGGCCGCGGCGGGGCCCUGGUGGCGGGACCAGGCGGUCGCCUUCGCCCGCUACGCGGCCGAGAUCGGCGCCGACGGCGUGCUCGCCUCCCCACCGUACCGGGGCGUGACGGUGCGCGACUCCGUGGACUACUUCCUGGCCGUCUCGCGCGAGUUGCCGACGGUGAUCCUGAGCGCCACGCUGGCGCCGCUCGGACUUGGCGGGGCGCUGGAGGCGGUGCGGCUGCUGCUGGCCGAAGGCGACCGCAUCAUCGGCUUCAAGGAGGACUACGGCCCGGAGUUCGCGCGGCCGGCCUGUCUUCUGUCGCAGGGGACGUGGAGCAACUUCGCCGGCGGCCAGAAGCAGACCCACCUGGACAUGCUUCCCUACGGAUGCGACGGCUACAUGUCGGUGCUGGUGGUCUUCAAGCCGGAGAUCACCCGCGCCUACUGGGACGCCGUCGAGCGCGGCGACAUCCCGGCGGCCGCAGGGAUCAUCCGCGACUACGACAUGCCGAUGUUCGAUCUGCUCGGUGCUGCCUCGCCGGCCGGCAUCGACGCCGCCCAGCACGCGAUGAUGGAGCUUGCCGGGAUCUCCGGCCGCUGGCGCCGGCCGCCGCUGUCCGACUACACGACUGCCGAGCUGGAGCGGUUGCGCGCCGGGCCUGCGGGACCUGUCGCUGCUGUGAGCCGGGUGAGCAGGGAAGGCUGA